UUCGAAUUUAGGAGGAAAUAAAUGACAAAUGACUUCUAUUAGUACCUAUCGAAAAGAUCAAUCGGGAAUUAUGGUUUUUAUUAUGUAAUAUUUCCAUCGCUGCUUGUCACUGUUGUUCAUGUAUUUUAUUUAAAAAGUACUGGAUUUAAAGUAAAGAAAUUUGAGAAUGGCUAAUGCAGACUUUAGAAAGGACGGUACUAUACCUGUGCGCCCCAGGAGUGUCUAUACGGCACAUUCUUACAAUCAGGACGAGUCCAACCUGUCCGUGUUCCAAGACUACAGCAAGUUCUUGGAAGGGGGCCUGGGGCAGGCUGAGCUGGUCGGAGCCACGGGCUGGCAGCCCCCGUGGCGCGCGCCGUUGCAGCGCAACAAAGCCCCGUUCUACCCCGGAGACGACAUCUACCAUGCAGACACUUGGCGAGAGCUCGAGGUGACGGAGGUCGGGGGAGCCGGGUACAAUGGUUCGGUGACGCCCCACGGCACCAUUUGUCUAAGGCUAAGAGAUAGAGUUAAGGUGGACAUGACGAUUGACGGCGCUGUUCGCGUGACCAACGCCAAGAACAACAUCAUACUGGCGCUGUCGCGAUCGGGAGCGGCCGCAGCGCUCAUCCACCCCAACGGGCGAGUCUACCACUACGGCUCUCGCGUCGAGAUACAGGCCUGCCACCUGCAGGGCAACAACAAGUACGCGAAGAUGUGGUACAAGGGCGUUUCGUUCACGGCGGAGCAGUGCGCGCUGGUGUACCUGGUGGACGCGGCCGGCACGCGCACCACCACCGACACCUUCCUCGACAUGAGCCAGGACUUCACUCUCAACGUGUUCUACAAUGAGUCGCGGCACGGUCCGUCGUACGUGAACGAGGCGCUGUCCCUGCUGGAGACAACGCAGUACUGGCUCACCGACGACGGGAUCGACAACUGGAUCAUCAACAACGUGCGUGUCAGCCAGACCGCCGAUGGGCUCGUCAGGAUCCACCGCUGCAGCCACAAGUACCAGCUGCGUACGAGCCCGACUAACGGCUCCGCUUCGAUCACCAGCCCCUUCCUGCACUGCACCGCUUCUCUGGGGCAGACCCAGCAUCUCUUUGUGCGGCGCGGCGAAAGACGCAUGCACUUCGACGGCAACUCGUUCAUAGUGCGCAAUGCAGGCCACUCCGCUGGCUUCGACGACAAGAACCAGCUGAAGGUGUACUGA